CAGGCGUUUAAAAAGCAUUAUCGGAGUCCCUUCCCCCCUUCCCCAGUCCCUUCUUGGUUGGCGAAAGCGCGUAUAUAGAUCGUGGAGGCGCUUCUGCAGGCAUCGUCUGACGUCCUCGCUAUGGCCAUGAAGUUGCUGUUGGUUUUGGUACUGGUGGGCGCAGUGUCUGCUGUCACCGAGGAGGACAAUUUCGUCAACCCCGCAAUACCUGGUCUUGCCGUUAGAGCCGGGACCACAUUCCUCUUCAGCAGCACAGCAACAGUAACUCGGACAUUGGAGACACAAGUCACCACAUUAGCAACAUGCGUGGCUCCCGCCUCCAACCUGCCCACCUGUUCCGCCAGGGCUGAUGCCCGAAUCUUCGCUUUCUUCCCAACCUCUUUUGAUCAAAGAUACGAGUUACCUGAAGCCCGCGCAUUUAACCACCUUGAGCCUUCUUUCGAGUCUGGUCUGCUAGUUGAUCAUGGCCGUAUCAUCGAGUUUUUGCCGCCGAUCGGCCUUCUGACAGUGGUGACCAAUAUAGCUUGGGAGAUCAAGGUCACUGCCACCGUCAGCCAUCCAACUAACACCGUCACGCUGUCCUUGGCUGGGUGCGUGCCCGAGACACUCCCCUUCAGCGCCGCUGUCUGUGUCGCGACGGGUACAUCGACCACGACCACAGCUACGACUACUUCUGGUGGAACCACAGCUACAAGUACAAGUACGACUACCACUCCAACGGCUACGACUACUUCUGGUGGAAGCAUAGCUACAGGUACAAGUACGACUACCACUCCAACGACUACUACUACUAGUGCAACCAUGACCACUAGUACAGCUCCUACCACUACUUCGGUGGCGAGUUCAACCCCUACCACUAGUAUAACCCCAGCUGCAACUGCGAGCACUACUCCUGCGACUACGACCACAAGCGCCACCACAUCCUCAACACCAACCAUGGUCCCAUCUGUAGCCGCGACUGUAACAUCAACUGUGACAACGACAGUGACUGCUACAACAAGCACGACGCCAGCAACCUCUGUCACGAUUCCUCCAUCCGUCGUAACUGUGACAGCGACUCAGACUGUAACAGCGACGGUAAUAUCCAUUCCGCCGACGGUAACCACAACUGCAGCUACCUCCUCAAGCACAAGCUCAGUGACCAAUCCAACCGCGACGCCGACCCCGACCUCGAGCCUCACACCCACAGUGUCUUCUAUGGCUACCUCAGUAAUCCUCUGA